AUGGGCAAUCAGCUCGAUAAAGUUAAAGAGUUGGCUGGUGGAGAUGAGAAAGCGGAUGCGCCAGCUGAAGAAGAUCCGGAGACCGUUUGUCUAACACUUAAUUUUUUUUAUAUGGAUAAACUUGGUACAAAUCUUUUUCUUUCGGCAACAUCUACACCAGUUACUCCUCGACGUUUUAGUCUUGUACCAACAUUUAAAACAGCACCUUCAACACCAACUCAAACACCAACAAAUCGACGAAAAAGUAUGGUUCAAACAAUUGUUGAACCUGUGAUAGCAGAAGCACGACGUGAAGCAGAUGAAAAACGAAAAGCCAAAUAUGCGAAAAUGGAACGUCAACGAGAAGAAGUUCGACAACAAAUUCGAGAUAAAUACAAUAUUAAAAAGAAAGAAGAGCCAGCUGCACAACUUCCACCACCAUGUGAUGGCCGAAUAACAUCUGAGAAGAAAGGACCGCUGUUUUUGCCUGAUGAUGAUGAUAGCUUUGAUCCAGUUAAAAUGGCUUCAAAUGCGUUUAAUUCUAUUACUGAAAAGUUACCGUUUAAAUUACCAUGGAAGUAA